AUGGAAUAGUAAAACCAGUCAAGCAAAAAUUCUCAAAUCAACGAUAUCUUAUAAGUAUUAUUUCAUCUUCUACAGGAACCAAUAUCGAUUUCCUCCUCUGAUGACUGUAUUGAAAUGAAUCCACAAGCAUAUAAAGUGAGCAUUCUAAAACAUAAAUUAAAAAAAAAGUAGCAAAACUAUUCGCUAGCCAAAAUUUUAUUCGGAUUUCGAUUUGAUUUUCAAAAAGCCACAUGUUUACACUGCAAAUAAGAAGGCCAUAUCAAUUGUUGUCAGAUAAAUUUCCCAAUUGAUAAUAUUUAUAAAAAUAAGUGA